AUGAGAGAGAUUAAAUCCUUGAUAAAGUAAGUAAUUAAAUUUUAAUAAGUAUUCAACCAAUCAACCAGGAUGAUCAAGUUUAUGUUUGGAAAGAAGAUAUAUAUUAAUUAUUGACAGAAUCAAAAAAAUUUGAUAAAUAACUAUUCAGGGUGAUUAUUGAAUUGUUAAGAUAAGAGCAAACUACAGAUUGUGUAGGAUAUCUUUAAAAUUUUGAAAGGCAAAACAAUUUAGAAAAUGCUGUUAAAAAUACCAUUAAAUUACUGACUAAUAUGAUUAAAAAUAUUAGUGAAGUUGAUUUUAAUAAGAAGAAUUAUUCAUUUGAAGAAUAUAAAAAUAUUAGAACGGAAUUAAUUAAAAUAUUAGCAAAAGAAGAGAGAAUUGUAGAUUUUUUUAAAUUCCUUGUUCAACUUACAGCUAUAGAUGAGAGAUUUAUCAAAUGUGGGUCUAAUUCUUUGAAUAUAUUGGUAGAGAUGAAGGUCAAUAUUAGAGAACAAUGUUUUGAGAAGGUUAGAAUUAAAGAUACUUCCUUAGUUGAUGGAAAUUUUGCGGGUUGCAAUUUUAAUCGGUCGAUUUUUGAUAAUGUAGAUAUUAGUGGAGUGAACUUAAAUGGUGCUUAAUUGCUUGAAUGUAAUUGGAGGAAUAUAAAAAUACAAUAGUUAAAUAAAUUAGAGGGUCACACUAAUUGUGUUAAUUCAGUUUGUUUCUCUCCUGAUGGUACUACAUUAGCAUCCGGCAGUGGAGAUAUGUCAAUUCGUUUAUGGGAUAUUAAAAAGAAAUAAUAAUUAGCCUAAUUAGAUGGUCAUAAUAAUUUAGUUCUAUCUGUUUGUUUUUCCCCUGACAAUAAAAUAUUAGCAUCAGGUAGUUAAGAUAGGACUAUUCGUUUAUGGGAAUUUAAGACAGGAUAAUAAAAAGGCAAAUUAGAUGGUCAUAAUAAUAAUGUCAUGUCAGUUUGUUUCUCUAAAGAUGGUACUAGAUUAGUAUCUGGAAGUUUAGAUAGGUCAAUCCGAAUUUGGGAUGUUAUGACAAAGUAAUUAACAGCUAAGAUAGAUGGUCAUAAUUCAACUGUAUGGUCAGUCUGUUUCUCUCCAGAUGGUACUAAGUUGGCAUCUGGCGGUGGAGAUAACUCAAUUCGAUUGUGGGACAUUUGUACAGGAAAACAAAAAGCAACAUUAGAUGGUCAUAACAGUAAUGUCAUGUCAGUUUGUUUCUCUUCUGAUGGGACUACAUUAGCGUCUGGUAGUGGAGAUAACUCAAUUCGAUUAUGGGAUGUUAGUGCAGGAUAAUAAAAAUCAGAGUUAGAUGGCCAUAGUGGAUCCGUAUGGUCAGUCAGUUUCUCUUACGAUGGUACUAUGUUAGCCUCUAGUAGUGAUGAUAGUUCAAUCCGUUUAUGGGAUACUAAGACUGGAUAAUAAUAAGGUAAAUUAGAUGUUCAUAGUGAUACUGUUCGAACAAUUUGUUUCUCCCCGGAUGGCAUUACAUUAGCAUCUGGUAGCGAUGAUAACUCUAUCUCAUUAUGGGAUGCUAAGACAGGAUAAUAAAAAGGAAAAUUCGAUGUUCAUAGAGAUAUUGUUCGAACAGUUUGUUUCUCUCCUGAUGGUUCUACAUUAGCAUCUGGUAGUGACGAUAACUCAAUAGUUUUAUUGGAUGUUAAGGCAAAAUAAAUAUAAGCCAAAUUAAAUGUUCAUAGUUAUGGUGUUUAUUCACUUUGUUUCUCUCCAGAUGGCUCUACAUUAGCAUCUGGUAGUAAUGAUAGUUGUAUCCAUUUUUGGGAGAUAAAGACACGAACAUUAAAAGUAAGAAUAGACAGUCACAGUGAUGUUAUAUGGUCGGUUUGUUUCUCUCCUAAUGGUACUAUUUUAGCGUCUGGCAGUGGAGAUAACUCAAUUAGAUUAUGGGAUGUUAAGACUGGAUAGUAAAAAGCGCGAUUAGAUGGUCAUACCUAUUUAGUAAUGUCAGUCUGUUUCUCUCCUGAUGGUACUACAUUGGCAUCUGGCAGUGGAGAUACCUCUAUUCGAUUAUGGGAUGUUAACUCAGGAUAAUAAAAAGCAAAAUUAGUUGGUCAUAGUGAAGCUGUAUGGUCAGUCAGUUUCUCUCCUGAUGGGACUACAUUAGCAUCUGGGAGUGAUGAUAACUCUAUUCGUCUCUGGGAUGUAUAAACUGAUCAUCAAAUUUUAUCAUCAGUUAGCCUAUAAAACAGUGAUUUUUCAGGAAGUAUUAUUUCUAUUAUCAAUAUUUUAGUUAAUUCUAUUCUUCUAAUUUCACAAUAGUCAUUAUUUUAAUCAAAAGNCGUUUAUGGGAUAUUAAAAAGAAAUAAUAAUUAGCCUAAUUAGAUGGUCAUAAUAAUUUAGUUCUAUCUGUUUGUUUUUCCCCUGACAAUAAAAUAUUAGCAUCAGGUAGUUAAGAUAGGACUAUUCGUUUAUGGGAAUUUAAGACAGGAUAAUAAAAAGGCAAAUUAGAUGGUCAUAAUAAUAAUGUCAUGUCAGUUUGUUUCUCUAAAGAUGGUACUAGAUUAGUAUCUGGAAGUUUAGAUAGGUCAAUCCGAAUUUGGGAUGUUAUGACAAAGUAAUUAACAGCUAAGAUAGAUGGUCAUAAUUCAACUGUAUGGUCAGUCUGUUUCUCUCCAGAUGGUACUAAGUUGGCAUCUGGCGGUGGAGAUAACUCAAUUCGAUUGUGGGACAUUUGUACAGGAAAACAAAAAGCAACAUUAGAUGGUCAUAACAGUAAUGUCAUGUCAGUUUGUUUCUCUUCUGAUGGGACUACAUUAGCGUCUGGUAGUGGAGAUAACUCAAUUCGAUUAUGGGAUGUUAGUGCAGGAUAAUAAAAAUCAGAGUUAGAUGGCCAUAGUGGAUCCGUAUGGUCAGUCAGUUUCUCUUACGAUGGUACUAUGUUAGCCUCUAGUAGUGAUGAUAGUUCAAUCCGUUUAUGGGAUACUAAGACUGGAUAAUAAUAAGGUAAAUUAGAUGUUCAUAGUGAUACUGUUCGAACAAUUUGUUUCUCCCCGGAUGGCAUUACAUUAGCAUCUGGUAGCGAUGAUAACUCUAUCUCAUUAUGGGAUGCUAAGACAGGAUAAUAAAAAGGAAAAUUCGAUGUUCAUAGAGAUAUUGUUCGAACAGUUUGUUUCUCUCCUGAUGGUUCUACAUUAGCAUCUGGUAGUGACGAUAACUCAAUAGUUUUAUUGGAUGUUAAGGCAAAAUAAAUAUAAGCCAAAUUAAAUGUUCAUAGUUAUGGUGUUUAUUCACUUUGUUUCUCUCCAGAUGGCUCUACAUUAGCAUCUGGUAGUAAUGAUAGUUGUAUCCAUUUUUGGGAGAUAAAGACACGAACAUUAAAAGUAAGAAUAGACAGUCACAGUGAUGUUAUAUGGUCGGUUUGUUUCUCUCCUAAUGGUACUAUUUUAGCGUCUGGCAGUGGAGAUAACUCAAUUAGAUUAUGGGAUGUUAAGACUGGAUAGUAAAAAGCGCGAUUAGAUGGUCAUACCUAUUUAGUAAUGUCAGUCUGUUUCUCUCCUGAUGGUACUACAUUGGCAUCUGGCAGUGGAGAUACCUCUAUUCGAUUAUGGGAUGUUAACUCAGGAUAAUAAAAAGCAAAAUUAGUUGGUCAUAGUGAAGCUGUAUGGUCAGUCAGUUUCUCUCCUGAUGGGACUACAUUAGCAUCUGGGAGUGAUGAUAACUCUAUUCGUCUCUGGGAUGUAUAAACUGAUCAUCAAAUUUUAUCAUCAGUUAGCCUAUAAAACAGUGAUUUUUCAGGAAGUAUUAUUUCUAUUAUCAAUAUUUUAGUUAAUUCUAUUCUUCUAAUUUCACAAUAGUCAUUAUUUUAAUCAAAAGGGGGGAUUAUUUUCGAAGGAGAAUUUGUAAAUUACUAAGGAUUCGAUUUGCGAUACUUUUUUAAAUCUAAUGGAUGUUUAAUUUUGGAAAACAAAAUCGAACCAAAUUAAUCAAAAAAUUGA